CAGUGUGGAAGCCGACCGCAAAUGCGGCUCCUCACCCACUCGGUCCAGGGACAUAUCCACCGUACAGUUGAAAUCGCCCCCCAGCACCAAACAGUCACCAGGCGCCUGCUGACCCAAAAUGGCGCGCACUUGUGUAAACAGUCCCACUCGCUCCGAGCCCUCAUUGUGUGCAUAAACAUUUAAAAACACCAUGGUCAACCCCCCAACCCGAGCCCUGACCAGCAGAACCCGCCCCUGAACGACCUCAGUAGUAGACAAUACAGCAGCAUCAAGUCGAGGUGAAAACAAAACCGCCACUCCAGCACUUAAGUUAGAGCCAUGACUCUGAUACAACGGUCCCCUCCACCACCGAGCCCAGUCCACCUCAUUACCAACAUCAGAGUGAGUCUCCUGCAGAAACAGCACGUGUAACCCCUGCCGCUCAAACAACUCAGAGACCAAAGCCCUCCUCCGGCCGUCCCUGCCACCAUUCAUAUUCAAGGAGCCCACCUUCACAUACUGCAUGGGGACUGAGUAAAAAAAAAACAAAAAGAAAAACAGAUAGAAAAGAGAGAACACCCAGUGAAACACAGUCAUACUCUAUCUGGUGGAUUUACGACCCCUAUGACCGCGCCCCCGCUUGGGCAAGGGGUCCUUCCCCAAGGCCGUAAUAUAUUUCCUGAGUCUAUACCGUUUCUUCUCAUCCAACAAGUCCACACCAACAAGCCGCCUCAAUACCUUAACAGACUUCACAAAUUUCUCCGUAUCAGGAAAAUAAUCCGCAACUCUCACGGAUUUACCGAAUGAUUCAUCCAGAAAACUGUUCAUGUCCUGCAACGUGUACAGAUCGCUGCUGUGGAAAACAGAACCGGCGGUAGACAUGCUAGAAUCCGAAUCAUAAUCCAGGUCGUCAUCAGUCAGACUUUGGCUCAGCAAGGGCUGUGGGUCCCCGAGAGCCGGUACCACCUCUCCAACCAUGCCACCCUGUCCAACAGUAAUCGAGGACCCAACCGCAGCAGAACCAACAGCAUCGGCCACAGAGGGAGGAACAGAAACUCCAACUACAUCACCCACACAACCCUCAGUCACAGCGGCAUCAGCCACCCCAGAUUGUUCAGUUAGCAGCGGCUCAGUAGACAUAACAGUAUCAGGCACUAAGCUGCCCUGCUGCGGAGGGACAACCUCCACCUGCCCACCGGGCCCCGCCCCUAAAGCAGACGCCGUCGCGGGGGCACCUAGUCCCGAGGCCGCGGGCCCCGGAACUGGGCCCGACACCGACGCCCCGGGAACGUCGCGUUUGUGCGGACACGCGAAGCGUUUAAGUCUGAGUCGAACAGUUCAGGAACAUAAACACCUGGCGAAGGAAGGACAAAACAUGGCGAAGUUUCUCGCUCUUACAGCCCAACCCGAUCGUCUUAAACCCGGUAGCAAAUUUGCCAAACCUCUGCAGCUCCUGACUCAGAGCCUCAUUCGAAACGAACGGCGGGACCCCGGAAAUAAUAAUCUUGGUAGACGGAGCAUGACAGAGAGAGAGAGAGACGAGAGAAACAAGGAGAGGAGUGUGGCAGAGAGAGAAAACAGAGAGGCAGAGAGAGAAAGAAAACAGAGAAACGAGAGAAGAGAGAAGAUAGAGAGAGAGAGGCAGGGAGAGAAACAGAGAGGGCAGAGAGAAGACAGAAAUCGAGAAAGAACAGUAGGAGAGAUGAAAGAGAAGACGAGAGGCAGAGAGAGAAACAGGGAGAGAGAGAGAAACAGAGAGGCAGGAGAAGAGAGAGAUAUACCAUGA